AUGGCCGAAAUGGAUGCUGAAGUCGCCGACGACAUCCUGGCCAGCGUCGCCCAGGAUGGGUCCAUGGAUUAUUCAUGCUGGCCCAAGUUGUUGCCCAUCGUAGUCUCGCGCAUUGAGAAGAUUGCCCAUACCGAAUUCCCGAUCCCCGACAUUUCUUCGCCGCAACCGCCCGCCAGACCUUCGUCCCCGCGCUUCCUCGCCCCGCUUCCCUCUUCGUCCGACCCGAUCGAUACGCCGCUCAGUUCCCAGGAGACCAACAACAAGGAGAACGAUGCCCUGACAUUAGCGCCACGUCCAGCUGCCGCCGGCGAUAACGUUGCUUCCUCGCCGCCCAAAGCGCCCGCGCCAGACCCCAAUGCGACUCAGGCACAACAGCCAGUUCUUCCCGUCCCCGUAGCCGAAAUGCUGAACGGAGUCACAUCUCACCUGACGGCCAACUUCCCCGAUUACCCGCCCCAUACCAUCCAGCGCCUCGCUGAGCUGGUCCUCAAGCCGCGCCCUCAGUACAGGAGUGUGGUAGGCUACCUGAAUGCGCUCGACCGCGUUGUCCACGUCACUAGCGGAGCAAACCUAUACCCAUUACCGCCAGCGAUCCCCGACCUGAGCGGCAUGGGCGGCAUGUCUAACGGAGGUGGCCCAGGCUCUGAUAGCGGCAGUACUACCAGCCUUUCGGCAGCGAACAACAUCGGAUCCGACGAGGCUCUCGGCGGCGCCUUACUUACCCCCAUUCCAUGGUUGACGCGAAGGGCAAAUGGCGACGGCGGUGACGACGACGGCAGCAUUAGUGACGCAGGCAGCUCAUCACCGUUAUCAGCCAGCGGGGCGUCCGACCCCAACACCCAGCACGAACAACAGCAGCGAGCUCUCGCGCAGCAGCACAGCCACAUUACCUUCGCCCAGAGCUCCGUCAGUCCGCAGGUUCGUAAGGAGAGCACCGAGAUGAUUGAGGGCCCCAACGGCAUGGGAAGCAUAGAGACGGUAUCCAUCUCGGUCAACGGGAUCCCUUCUACCGGAAUGGGCGGUGGCCUACUGGGUCUCUCGCAGCAACAACAGCAGCGAGGCGUCACGCAGGGGGAACUGCUCAGGCAGGAACAGCGCGCGGGCGUUGUCCCUGUUAACCAGGUUGCCGGGAACAACAAUAAUACUGCCCAGGGUUACACGGCUGCGCAGACUACACCUCUCAGUGCUGCCGCUCAUGGCGAAGGUUCUUCAGCUACUACUACUACUACUACUACUACUACUACUACUACUACUACUACUACUACUACUGCUGCUGCCACUACAACUGCAGCUCCACCAGCGGACGAGGAUAUUGUGAUGGGCGAGAACUCAGACCCCGAGGAGCAGCAGGACGAGGAAGAGGUCCCCCACGCUCGCGGUCCGCAGGAGAUCGGGCCGGAGGAUACCGGCCCCCAGAACGCGAGGACCAGCAUUGCCAUGUCAUCCACGGGCGAGGUGGAUAUGAGUGCGCUUGAUGUUGAGGCCGCGGUGGGUAGGAGGCUACAAUCACCACCAGCAGCGAGCAACAUUACGCCAGCAGAAGAGGCAACGACACCCCACUCCAAGAGCGGCAGCGGUGAUGCGGAGAACUUAGUCCCCCCAAGCCCUAAGCGGGAGGCAGGGGACGACGAAUCGGAGCUCGGCAGUACGCAGAAGAGACAGCGAAUGGAGGAUAAGGCCGACGACACCAACACGAUGGAGGAGGCUAGCAGCUCGACGACAGAAGUCACGAAACCUGAGGAGAGUUCGGAAGUAGCAAAAGAGGAGGAGGCGCCGCCGGUGCAGCAGAAGGAUGCGAAUGAGGAUGAGGACAUGGUGUUAGUGGACCGACCAGCUCCCGGCUCCUCGGUGGCGGCAGUAGAAGAGGAUAAGCCAAAGGAAGGAGGAGAGUCAUCAAAUCAGAAACCAGAAGCUGGAGCCAGAGAAGGAGAAGAAGAUCAACCAAAGACUUCUUCUUCCUAG